GAAGGCGAAACUGCGUCUAUAUCCAAAAUGGCGGCGGCGAAGCAAACAGAGAAGGAACCUGUAAACUUCGUUCAUCAGAAUGAUAUUCUGUGUGAAACAAUUAAAAAAGAACACCGAACUCAAAGAAUCUUCACUAACUAUGGGAUCAAUCCUUUCAAGAAAAUGUAUGUUUUAGCCGGCAAACCAAACUCAACACACGAUACUGCUGAAGGAGAAGAAGAUGCUCAUUUCCUGAAGGUGAUCAAGCGAGCCAACCAAGAGCCAGUGAAGAAAUACACCUUCCCCCAGACAGAGGCCCAGGAAUAUGGCUGGAUCAGCAGACCCCUGGUUGAGCAUGACACGGCGGACAAGAGGCUGUGUUUCCGUCGCGAGAACUCAAGUAUAACCAAGUACAUGGACGCGGCCUGGAGGAUCAAGGAGCAGCAGGAAAAUCUCAACUGAUGGAUUCUUGCCACUCGACCACACAGGUGCAGACAACAAGCAAUAUCACAAGAUUCUUGAGCCUUACAGAAGCCAACACUUGGGCAUCUGUCAGUCAGUCCCACUUCUGUGUGUCAUCAACUCUUUUGUCAUUGGUGGGAGCUGCAGCCUGAGGUAGGACCAGCAACAGCCACAGAAACGGGGAAUGGACAGACGGUACAGUUAGUUGUUAGAAAUAGAAAAGAUCAUAGAAAAGAGAAUAGACGGAUAGCACAGUUAGUUGUUAAGAGUUAGAGAUGAUCACAGAAACAGCAAAUGGACAGAUGGCACAGUUAGUUGUUAGAGAUGAUGACAGAAAUUUUACAGUAGAAAACUUUAAGACUCUAGUGCUUUAACAUCGGGACCAUUGUUCACAUCCACUGAGAAGACAGGGCAACAGCAUCAGAAAAUUUUGAAUACUUCUUCUCCUUGAUACAGCACAAAUGAUAAACACCAUUCUUCUUUAAUUCUAUACAUAUCAUCAUUAUCAGUAUCACAUUGAGGCAAACAGCUACAUGUGAUAGGCAGCUUUUACAGAUCAUGUCUGUACUGUUUGUACACCCUCUGUCUGUUCUCCCACUUCUGUGGCCGGGACUGGUCCUGUGGUGCUGCUGUACUGUGGGUAAUUUAUCUCAUCACACUGCGCAUCAUGCCAUUGGUUUUCUUCAUUUGUACGUACUGAGUGCUGAGUGCCCUAUGUUAUCACAUCAGUCAUCAAUGUAUACAAGUAUCAUGUCAAUCAUCAUUGUAUACAUGUAUCAUAUCAAUCAUCAGUCACAAUGUAUACACGAUAUAUCAUAUCAAUCAUCAGUGUAUACAUACAUUGCAGUAAUCAUCCUUUGACUUAGCCAGCAUAGAAGAAGAUCAAGCUAGCAGUCACUACAGCCCCUCGUGGCUGACUCAGUGGAACGGUGUGAAGCCUAUUUCAUGCUGAGUGUAAAUAAAAUAAUUUAUCACAAGCAC